GACAAAAACAUCAGUGCCACGCUCCAUGUUGUGCAGGGCGGAUGAAAGGAGUGAGUAAGAAGUGUAGCAGGGGGAACACGCCGCCAGGCCUCGCCACUCUUCACUGCCACGCACUGCUGGCCUCACUAAGCACUCUGUGACACACUCGGUUGGAUGAAGUGGCGACAGGUGGUGUACGAGGGGGAUGUCCCCCUGGGGCCCAUGGCAGGACGACCUCCCCCGCCGCCCCACCCAACGCCUCCACACCUGUCCAUUAGGCCCCAGGUCCAGAUUGUUACCCAUCAACAGCACCACCAACAACAGCAGCAGCAGCAGCAGCAGCAGCAGCAGCAGCACCAACAACAACAACAACAACAACAGCAGCAGCAGCAGCAGCAGCAGCAGCAGCAGACGCAGCAGCAGCUCCUUCAUCAUCAUCAUCAUCAGCAACACCAGCACCAGCACCACCACCACCACCAUCAGCAGCAGCAGCAGCAGCAGCAACUGGAGUAUGGCCGUGCCCUAGCUCGCUCACAGGAUGAUGAACAAGUGAAUUACUUUUGCCAGCGGCCGCCCACAGAUGCAGACUUUGCAUACCAUCAGAAGGGCCACCGCUGGGCCCUUGGCGACGACUCCGUCAUUGAUGUUAGCAGACGAGUUGAAUACGGACAACAGAUUGCACCGGCCAAGAAGCUAUGGGGCGUGGAGGAGGGCAAGGCAGACAAUAAAGGAAUCUUCAACAUAGGGGAGGCGUCAUGGAGAGAGGCGCCCUGGAGCACUGGCGCCCCACAUGCUGCUCCCCCUCACCACCAUGGUGUGGGGCAGAGCCAUGGGCUGGGUAUGGCGGGGGUGGGGCAGAGGGGGCCAGCCCGCCCCCCGCAGUUCACCGGUGGGGACUCAGUGCUCUCCCCGCGCGCCUCUGACCACGCGGGCGUCGGCGUAAAGAUGGUGGAGUACGUGCUGGCCUCGUCGCCUACUGGCAAGGAUAUUGGCACGGGGAUGGCCAACCUCGCCCUCAGAAACGGAGGAGCCGAGAGUGGCAAGGACAAGAAGGACAAAGCUCCCUCGCCCUUUGAUCCGACCAAGAAGGACAUUGAGAAUGGCGGUGGCAGCGGCGCACCACAGACGAACGGAAUCGUGCAGAAUGGAUUAGACGAGGACAAGACUUUUAACCGAACCCCCGGCAGCCGGCAGGGGUCUCCCUCAGAGGAAGACCUGAACAAGAAUGGCAUGGUGGCGGGUGUGGGGGUGGGGGUGGGUGUAGGGGUGAAGGAGCCAGAGUUGGUGGGCAGUGGCGUGGUGAUGGGUGGGCCGGCGCCCGUGCUGAGCCACCUGGACCAUCCUGGCUUUGAGGGCGUGGGGGGCGGUGCAGUGGGUGGCAUGGGUGGCCCUGCUGGCAUGCUGGACCCCAGCAUGGGCGGUGCUGGGGGCCCGUUCUCAUCACCCGCCGGCCCAGACUACAACAGCAUGGCUGCCAGCAUCCCCAUGGAUUCCCCCACGCCACUGCUUCCCACUGGACACGGUGGACCUCAGCCACAGAACUUCACGGACACUCAGCAGCUGUUCAGGAAUGCACAGCAGCAGCAAGGAGGUGGGCCCAAUCCUCAACAGAUUCAACUUCUGGCACAGCAACAGUAUCUUGCAGCUCAGGCAGCACAACAGCAAGGCCUGGCAGCAGCCCCUCCCGCAGCCUUCAGUGCGCCCUAUGUCAUCAACACUCAGGAGCCGUACGUUGGCACUUUAAUCACUGGUCCAACAGCAGUAAUUCCCCAGUACUAUGGCGUGCACUGGGGAGUGUACCCAGCUAACAUCAUCCAGCAGUCUGGGCCAAGCGGGCAAGCACGGCGGCCCCUCUCCCCAUCCCAGCCCUCAGAGGUGACCAGCCAGAGCAAUGGUAACUUAGCAGCGUCAGCAGCAGCGGCGGCAGCAGGCAAUAUGCAAGGCCCUCUAUCACAAUAUCAGCAAGUGAUUCCUGCAUACUACGACCAGAACGGAACAGUGUUGAUGGGCAACCUGCGUGGCGUUGGCAACGGUGCACCAGUGAGGCUGGUCUCCCCUGCCCCGGUGCUCAUCAACGGCGCCAAUGGGGCCCAGGCAGCAGCAGCUGGGAACAUGAGACUUUUGAGUAAUCAGGCUCCCCAGAUUGGCACCCCCCCUGCUUCCCUGUACAACAGCAGCCAGACCCCAAGCCUCAACAGCAGCCAGACCUUUGCCGGUAGCACCAUAGCAGAUUCCCUCUCGCAAGGUCUCCAGACUUCCAAUGCACUAACAGGAAACAACUACUCGUUGGGGCUGCAAAAUAGUAGUCUAGGUUUUGGCAAUAGCACUCUGGGCACCAUUGGAUCCCCUGCUAUUGGCAAUUUGGGUGGUGGGCUUGGUGGGAGUAGCAUGGGGCGGAGGGACUCCCUGGACCGUACCACCUCAGUCUUGUCCCCGCUGUCCCAGGACUUCCGCAGUGCCAAGUGGACCAGUAAUUACGGCGCGCUAGGCACUGUCACAGCCUCCCCAGGUCCCAUUGGGCUGGCCUCAGGCAACCUAACGCCACCGCCACCCAGUCUGGGUAACACGUCCUCGGCACUGCCAUUGGGCGCCCUUAUGUCUGGCAACAGGGUCAUCUCAGCUGCUCCCGGUGCUGAGGCAAAGUUCCGCAAUGGCUCGGCCAAUGGAAUGUUCAACUCUGGCGGCCCAUCAUCGCUGUUCCCACCUCUCAAGAGAAACCUGAGUCUGGACAAGUGCACUGGACGGUCUCGCCUCCUGGAAGACUUCAGGAACAACCGGUUCCCCAACCUGCAGCUGAGGGACUUGGCCAACCAUAUUGUGGAGUUCAGCCAAGACCAACAUGGCUCCAGGUUCAUCCAGCAAAAGCUUGAACGAGCAACACCCGCAGAGAAGCAGAUGGUAUUCAAUGAGAUCCUGACCGCUGCCUACUCUCUCAUGACAGAUGUGUUUGGAAACUAUGUGAUCCAGAAGUUCUUUGAGUUUGGAACACCGGAGCAGAAGACAGUGCUGGCCAACAAGAUCCGCGGCCACGUGCUGCCCCUGGCCCUACAGAUGUAUGGGUGCCGUGUCAUUCAGAAAGCCCUGGAGUGUAUUGCCCAAGACCAGCAGAAGGACAUUGUGCGUGAGCUGGACGGCCACGUGCUCAAGUGUGUCAAGGAUCAGAAUGGAAACCACGUGGUACAGAAAUGCAUAGAAUGCGUUGAUCCCAUGGCUCUUCAGUUCAUCAUUAAUGCUUUCCAGGGCCAAGUGUUCACCCUGUCAACUCAUCCGUAUGGCUGCCGUGUCAUUCAGCGCAUCCUGGAGCACUGUACAGGGGAGCAGACUGCACCCGUCUUAGAAGAACUCCACCAACACACUGAACAACUUUUACAGGACCAGUAUGGCAACUAUGUCAUCCAGCAUGUUCUUGAACAUGGAAAACCAGAGGACAAGAGUAAGAUUGUCGGUGUGGUGAGAGGAGGAGUGCUGAAACUUUCUCAACACAAGUUUGCCUCCAAUGUUGUAGAGAAAUGUGUCACUCAUGCCACACGUGCAGAGCGGGCCAUGCUGAUUGAGGAGGUGUGUGGGUAUAGUGACAGUGCCCACAGCUCCCUGUUAGUGCUGAUGAAGGAUCAGUAUGCCAACUAUGUAGUGCAGAAGAUGAUUGACGUAGCCGAGCCAGCACAGCGCAAGAUGCUCAUGCACAAGAUACGACCCCACAUCUCAACACUUCGCAAGUACACUUACGGGAAGCACAUUCUCGCUAAGCUGGAGAAAUACUUAACGAAAAACGCCCCCGAUACCAUGGGACCGAAUAUGACCAGCCCACUCUGAGCCAGUUUGUGGCUGGCCACCACCACCGCUGCUGCUGCCGCUGUUGCUGCUAACACCGCCAACACCACUAGGAAGAGAAGCAAUGAAUUAUUAAUGGCACUUGAAGGCAUGGAGGAUUUCAAUCAAAGGGAAAAGUUGCAGCCAGCAGUUGAGGGAAGAAGAGCAACAUUUAGGAGGUGCAAGAGUAAUUUGCUUCAUCCUCAAGUGUAGGAAUCACCACUGCCACUCGCCAUGCCUCCUUCAGUGCCGCACAGAAAUCGUUGAGGUUGGAUGGCUAAAAAAUGUGUGCAGUUGAUUUUCACUACUUGAUAGAUGUCCCUUUUUUAUUUUUUCAUUAUUUUUCAUAUAAUGAUCUAUUCAUUGUUUCAUUCUUUCUUUCUUUCUUUAAGACUAAAGUAAAUGAGAAGCAUUGUUUUUGACCUUUGAAUACUUCAGCAUUUUAUCAGGAAAGACCAAGAGUUAUGUUAACCUCAAAGACACAACGUACAGAGCAUCAAGACUGUUCGUAUCACAAAAUUGUUGACGUGUUGGUCAUUAUCUCUACUGCAGCCUCGGAUUGCAGGCACACGUUAUGAGUGAAUUGCUGAUGUAAAGGUUGAAUGACUACAAUUUGACUUAUAAUUAUAAUUAUAAUUAUCAUUGGUAUUAUUUUAUUAUUAUUUUACUACUACUACUACUACUACUACUACUACUACUACUACUACUACUACUAUUGCUACUACUACUACUACUACUACUACUACUACUAUGACUUUACUGUUACUACUGUUAUUAUUAUUUGGUGUGUCCUUAAUGCAUAGUAAGUAUUCAGCUAGGCUCUUGUAGUGUUUAUAUAGAGCAUGUUAUCAUACUCUGGGCUUGCAGCUGUUGCAUGAUUUAUUGCUGUAGUCAGCUUUACCCAUAUAUAUAUAUAUCAAAUUUAAAUCUUGGAUAUAUUAACUGUUUGCCACUUUUUACCCCAAUUGGUAAAUGUUGUUGACCUAACUAUUGUAUUUUCUCUUUUUCUUUGGUAUUAGUAGUGGUGUGUAUUGUUAGUAUGUUUAGAGGCUGCAUUGCCCUCAGCAAGGAAAUGCAGUGAUUCUUAAGAAAAAAGUGAUUCAGCCAAGCAGAGUGUGGAAAGCCCCCACCCCAGGACUUUCUCUCCAACUGGCCAGAGCAGCUCCCACACGAGGCACUGGCACCCCGGCACCCCAGGGACCACCUCAUGGCACAGCGCACAAAGGCCAAAAUGGAAAUUACUUUUUACUUGUAUGUUUGGAAAUUUAUUAUAAUUAUUAUUAUUAUUAUUAUUAUUAUUAUUUUAUAUUUUUCUGAAAAUAUUGAUAGAGGAUGAAACCAACUCCUUGUGAGGUAAUUGAGCCAUUUGUCAGCACUCCCUCACCAACACAACCACAUGUCCUGGUGCCAGCCAGACAACAUUGCUGGGUGAGGCCACACUGGCCUCAGAGUACUGCAGUGUAUACCACCCAUCCAUACCUCAGGAAGGUGAAUUGCAACAACAGAAAAUCUUGAUUCUCUUUGAGAAUCUAAUCAAUAAAGAGAUGAUGCCUUUGACCACAAAGGGGCAUCUGAAUAUGAAUCAAUGUUCAUCAUAGUACUAAACACAAGGACAUGUGAGGCUGUCCACAAACAUCUGCCAAAUGCUUUCCACUGAAUAGCCAAGAAAACUUAAUGAAUACAAGAUGAGAAGUGUAACAGCCCAACACCACACGAGAAAGCCUAGUGACUAGGCAGAGACAAGAGCAGGCCGAGUGAUGUCUUUCUCUGGGAGACAGACAGAGUAAAAGGAGGUGCUGCUGUUGCCUUGCCUCCAGCCACUACAAGUUGCCGGGUGCCGUGUCGUCCAGCUGUGAGUCGCCGUGGCUUUGGGACUCUGCCUCGUCCAGCCUCCAGGCCUUGUUGGUCUAGUGCAUUGUAAAAUUUUAUGUACAUUGUAUCAACAGGUAUAUAUAAAGGAAAAUUCGUAUGUGUAAUAAUGGGCAUUACUGUAAAUCUGUACAGUUGAAUAUUCUAUAUUUUCUUACUUGUUUGUGUGUUUGUAUGUCAUUGUGAUGCUAUCAGACCACCACCACCACUACCACAUGGGCACUCAGCCCCCCAAUUGCAAACCAAUACAAUUGGUGCUCUAACAACAAACUAAAUUUAAAAAUAAAUUAACUGUAAAUCAGUCUCAUGUCCCCAUUGAGAGACACUUGCUCUCACAAUAAUAAUGAAAUGGCACAUACACUGCAUUUGAGGGAUUAUAAACAACAAAAAGAAUAUUACAUGGAUGCCACAAAGUAUUUUCUCCAAGGUUUGCCAAUUAUAAUUUUUGCAGUGCACUUCACUCCUUCCUCUCCCCUCUCUCCCUUCCCCUCCCCUUGGGCUGGCUGUGAGUUAAGGGAAGGGAGGAUCCCCUACCACCACCACCACCACUCACCAGGUGCCACACCACUACCACAUAUCCUCCCUUCCCUACCCAGCUUUCCCCAAGACCCACUGGCCAAGUGCUGGCAGGUCAUGACCACUAAUCUGCUCAGAAUCUCAUGUGCUGGCCUGGCCCCUGGCGCUGGCACAUGGCUAGAGGAAGACGCAGUGUUAAUAUAUGUUUAUCUUGUAUCUUUGUAUCCCUGAGAGCUUCUUGCAGGCUGGAACAGGCCCUUGUGUUUAUAUUGUAGAGUCUCCCCAUCCUCCCUUGCCAAAAAAGACCUAACAUUGUCAAAUUUGUAAAUUCUGUGAAUAUUAUUGAAUUUUUUGUGAAGCCAAUAUUCUGGCAUGUAACAUUUUGUAAUAAAUUAGUGUACAGAAAAA